AAUCCCAAAAUUUGACAAGAAAUCAUUCUUUUUUUCCCUCCUUUCUUUUCCCAAAAUCGGUUCCCUCCUCUAUCCCUAAAGAAAUCCUAAAAUUUCACUUGAAAUUUCUUCUUUUUUUUCCCUAUUUUAUUUUUCCCAAACCAUUUCUCCCUUACCCCGAUUCCCUUUAUUUUUUCCCUCAAUUUUCUCAAAUUGGCAGCCCUCUGCAUCUCCGUCGAUAGCCCGCUACUGUAUCUCUGUCGACAUCUGCUAUCGUUGACAGUGUUCUAAGGGUUCAGACUCGAGAGUGUGCUAUUGGUAUGCUUGAAAAAGCUAUAAAGUAACUUCAUUUGUUCAGUUCUCCUUGUGCUCAGAGAUAAAUCGAUUCUUGUUUUUUUUGAAUUUUGCAAUUUGAGAAAACAAAUACUCUUGUUCUUCCCUCUGUUGUUUGCUCCCUCUUGAAUAUUCACUGAAAUCCCAAAAAUCCCAUAUUGUUCUUGUUUUGUUUUGUUUUUGCUCCCUCCGUUGUUUUUGAAUACUCUCAUACAACUUCGUUUAGCUUUCUUUUUAUUUUUGUGUGUGUUUUUAUAUGGCUGCUUACUAUUUCAACGACAACAUUUUUUUAUCUGGGAAUUGUUAUUCUGGUUUCCUCGAUCCCUUUUCCCGUGAUUUGGGUCCAUGCAAUGGGAUUUCACAGUCCUUGGUUUUGGAUAAUGAGAAAAGUGAGCUGGUGGUGAAGUCGCCGGUGAAGGUUGGGAAGAAAAGCGUGGCGGAAGAGAAAGUUAUAGCGGCUUUAAAGAGUCAUAGCGAAGCUGAGAGGAGGAGGAGAGAAAGGAUUAAUGCUCACCUGGACACCCUCCGUAAUCUCUUGCCAUAUAGAGAAAAGUGCGGAUGGUUCAUCUUUUAUCGUUUACUCUCUCUUUGUUUCCUUUUGAAGAGAUUUUUAAGCUGCUUAUCUUUUCUCUUGAUAAUAAGCUCUAACGGCAGAAAAACAAAAGGAGGGAUCUUUUGAAGUGGAAAAAAAGAGAAUAAGAUCAGAUUAACAUCUUUGUUGGUUUUUUUUUUUUACUUUUUAUUUAUUUGGGUUUGAGAAAUGAAUUGUGAGUUUUUGAUUUGUUCUUCACAAGGAUCUGUUUUAAGCUUUUGGGUUUUGUUUUUGAG